AAACCACAAGAAAGCGCACGCAGUAUUAAGAAGCACUCCACGCCCCCGUCCCCGUACUAUCCCCAGGGCCAGAACAGUGCGUCAGCGAGCCCCGCCCCUCCCCUCUCCUCCCGCUCGCCGGAGGCCCCGGCUGAGGGGGGCGAUGGGUCACGGCGCCAGCUGCGGCCGCCCCAGCGAGGAAGUGGACUUCUUCGGCGCGGUGCAGUCCGGGGACAUCGGCUGCCUCGCUGCCGCCCUCCGCUCCCGCCCCUCCCUGCUCAGCAGGACCACGCUCUUCGACCGCCUCUCGGCCCUCCACAUCGCCGCCGCCCAUGGCCACCUCCAGGUGGUCUCGCUGGCAUUGGAUCUUUGCGUGCACCCGGACGUCGUUAACCGCCACAAACAGACAGCGCUGAUGCUCGCGGCGAUGCACGGGAAGACCGACUGCGUGCGACGGCUGCUCGACGCCGGCGCCAAUAUUGUGAUGUUCGAUUCGUCGCACGGGCGGACGUGCCUGCAUUACGCAGCGUACUACGGCCACGCGGACUGCCUCUGGGCCAUCCUCUCGUCGGCGAAGUCCGCGCCGGUGUCGGAAUCCUGGGGGUUCGCGCGCUUCGUCAACGUGCGGGACGACACCGGGGCGACGCCGCUGCACCUCGCGGCGAGGCAGGGCUGGCGCCGCUGCGUCCACGUCCUGCUCGAGAACGGCGCCAUCGUGUCCGCGUCCAGUGGCGCCUUCGGAUUCCCCGGGAGCACGCCGCUGCAUUUGGCCGCGCGCGGCGGCAACCUCGACUGCGUCCGGCAGUUGCUCUCCUGGGGCGCCGACCGCCUCCAGCGAGACUCCGUUGGGAGAAUUCCGUACGAGGUUGCCUUGAAGCGAGGGCACGUCGCGUGCGCAGCGCUGCUAAACCCGUCAUCCGCAGAGCCCCUGGUCUGGCCUGCCGCUCUCAAGUUCAUCAGCGAACUCGAGCCGGACGCCAAGGCCCUGCUCGAGGCAGCUCUGAUGGAGGCCAAUAGGGAGAGGGAGAAGAGGAUUCUGAAAGGGACAAAGAAUUCACUGCCAUCGCCGUCGCAUUCAGAUGACGGUGCUCAUUACACCACCAUCUCUGAGGCUAGCGACGCCGAGGCGUGCAGCAUCUGCUUCGAGCUGGCAUGCGCCAUCGAGGUCCGGGAGUGCGGGCACCAGAUGUGCGCGGCGUGCACGCUGGCGCUGUGCUGCCACACCAAGCCCAACCCGGCGACGCAGUGCCAGCCGUUGCCGACCUGCCCGUUCUGCCGCGGCGGCAUCUCCCGGCUGGUGGUGGCGACGAGGACGAGGGACGGCGACGAGGAGGAGAACAAGCUUGAGUCGCCCAGGCACCGGCGGUCUCGCCGGGCCAUGAACCUCAGCAGCGACGGGGGUAGCACCAGCAGCCUCAUGGGCAGCAUCGCCUCGUCCAUCGGCAAGAUGGGCCGCCGGAGAACGGAUAGCAGUGAACAGAUCGACGACAAGCCGUAGCAUUCCUUCUCGGCAUUCAUUCAUUUGGGUUUUGCGUAUGAUCAUCCUACUUGUCAACCAUCGUCGACGCCCAUAAUCGAUCAUCGAACAAGCUGCUAUUUUUGUAGAUUAUUUUUGGAAAAUGAGUUAUUUACCUGUGUAGAUUCAUUCAAGCCAAUGCUGUAGCUAGGCUAGAUCCAAAUAAGCAGUCCUUGCCUGGUUGCUGCCCCCCCCCCCCCCCGGGGUGGAGUUCUUGAAAGGUUGUACAUGUCCGAUUUGCAGAGAUCUGUCCCGGUGUGAUAAUGAGAAUCCAGUACAAAUCCAUGUGACUGAUCCACAUAA